AUGUCAUCGAUACACUACAAAUUCAAAGCAACACUCGAAUACAAAACACUGGUAUUUGAUGGCUUACAUAUAUCUGUCAAUGAUCUCAAGAAGGAAAUAUGUGAAAAGGAAAAUAUUAAGGCAGAAUCCUUCGACUUGGUGUUGACAAACGCUCAUACAAAGCGGCAGUAUACGGGUGACGAAUUGAUUCCACGAAAUUCAUCGGUAAUUGUUCAGCGAAUACCACGUGAUAAUGCUGGGAAAUUGCCAAAAGUGCAAGACACUAUAAAUUCAGGAAUUGUGACCAAGCCUACUCCAGCUGAAGCCCCGGCUGUUGGGCAUAUUGAUUCAGAAGAAUUCGACAAGAUGACGGAAGAAGAACGUUUGGCACAUGUAAAAGAAGUUUCUACAUACAAAUAUUUACCUUCAAACUUUCAAAAGAAGACGUCAUCGAUUAUGUCUGGUCCACCGCCACCAACUUACGUAUGCAAUCGAUGUUCACAGUCGGGACACUGGUACAAAAAUUGUCCAAUGCUGAAUACACGUCGUACAACGGGUAUAACUAUGGAUGAGUUGAUGGAAACAACAUCGGAUGAUCCGCUGGCGAUGUUGCAUCCAUCCGGAAAAUAUGUUGUGCCAAUUAUGCACUGGAAAGCACGCCAGAAAAAGCCCGAAGUUGCCAAACCGGAGCCCGAAAUACGAGAAAUACCACCAGAACUAAAAUGCCCGAUAUGUUCACAACUUUUACGUGAUGCUGUCUUAACAACCUGCUGUGGUGAUAGCUUUUGUGCGGAUUGCUUACAGCAACGUUUACUGGAAACCCCGAACGCAAAAUGUCCUGGAACAAAUUGCUUUCAAACUGCUGUGUCUGCUGACAAAUUGGUUCCAAAUUUAAAGAUGCGACAAGCCGCUGAAGCAUUCAAACAUGGCGCAGUUUAUAGUACGGCAUUUGAGAGUGCAAAUAAUUCACCACGUAUUGAUGAGCAGCCAGUUCAGUCGGUUUCACGUGUGCGUAUUGGCUUGAGCGGUCGUCCGCAGCAAGUUCAACCUGCAAUUCUAAUUCAGCAGCAGCAGCAGCAACAACAACAAAAACAGCAACAGCAAGAGGCAGCUGUUAUUUCUUCACCACAGUCACAGAUCCAAACAUCACCAGCAUACGUCAUACAACCUAGUACAAAUAUCACUAUUCCGGCAGUCCUCCAAUCUCAAACGGCCAUAAAGCAAUUUCCUGGGAAUACCGUCAUGUCAUCCCCAGGAACAGCAUCCGCACAAAGUCAGCCAAAAGUUAUUGCGCCUACUGUUGUAGUUCCAAAUGUACAGCAGUUAACCGUUGCUCCACCACCUCUUCCUUUACCGGUAAAUGUUCACCAACCACCUCCCGGUUAUCCAACUAUACUUCCACCAGCUCAGCCAAUACAUGUUACUACUAGUUCAUCAACAGAGUCUAUCGCAUCAGGGACACAUACUGCCAGAAGUAUAAGUGCCGCCCAUUUAACCACACCUCCGUUAUUGCUUCCACCAGGCCUGCAGCCACCACCACCAGGGUUGUCAGCAGUUAUUUAUCCACGUGUUCCAGCUCCACCACCUAUCAAGGAUGCUUGGGAUGAAUAUCUGGAACGGAAAGAUAAAGAAAAUCGUCAGAGAGCCGCUGCACCAACCUCACGUCGCCGUCGUCGCUCUACGCGUAGUACUUCGUAUUCAAGUAGUAGUGCAUCUUCCGAAUCAUCAAGUCAGUCAUCACGAUCUCGGUCGAGAUCGUCCUCUCGUGAUCGAAAUAGAUCGCAUCGUGACAAAAGACGUAACGAUGGUCGCGAAAAGCAUUCCUCGAGAAGAAGAGACUCACGAUCACCAUUUCGCAGUUCAUAUGCUAGCACACGUUACCAUCGCGAUAAUCUAGCGUCAUCUUUUAAUUUAUAUCAGCAUGCAUCAAAUGCUGCUGCCAUCGGCUUACCAGGAGCAUCUCUUAUUCAUCACCGUAUUCCAUCCUUUAUGAACAAUUAUUGCUCGUCACAGUAUGCGUCAAAUCAAACAAGCCAGAUAACGAGUUACAGUUCUUUCAAUAAUGGGCCAGUUCCGAGCUAUCGAUCAUCGAGAACAUACCUGGAUGAACGCAGUAGAAAACAUUCACCGAGAUCAGUACAGAAUCGGCGAAGGAAUGGGAGUAGAGAACGACAUAAUGACCGGAAAGAGCGAACCGAGGAACGGAGACGAGGAAGGGAUGGUGAUGAAAGGACACGUCGAGAAGAUCGUGAGCGGAGGCCAAAGGAGGACAGUGAUAGAGAAGAAAGACGACAAAAGAAAGAUAAAUACAAACGGCGCCAAGAAAAAGAAUCGAAAGAAACAGAAAAUGCAACGGAGGGAAAACAGGGAAAUACAUUCAAAAUAGAGGAGGACAAAGAUGUCUAUAGUGGUGAUCUAAAAAAAAUAGGUGUAGAUGGAGAAGUUAAAAAGGAAACUACUCCGCUAAUCGAAAAUAAGGGAGCUGAAAAUGACGUUGGAAAUGUUGAAAAUAACGUGGAAAAAGAAAACGAUACAGUGGAUGAAGCCUUGCCGGAUGAGACAGCAACCGAAAGUGGUGUGUCCGGUUUCCAGAUUGACCAUGAUGAUGGUUCCGGAGCAGAAGCUGAAAAUGAAAAUGAAGGAUUGGAUGACGAAAAGGAAGCUAACAAUAUUACGACCGAAGUGAUGGAGGAAGACAAGGAUAGAAGUGAGAAGAAAAAACAUAAAAAGAAGAAGAGAAAACAUCGGAAACAUGAAGGAGACGGACUGGAAGAUGAUGAAACUGGACGUAAGAAGCAUAAAAAGCAUAAGCGUAGUAAAGAAGAGAAAGAACAACGAAAGCAAGAAAGGGAAAAACGACGUGAAGAGCGUCGAAGGCGACGACAAGAAAGAGAAGCCGGACGGGUGAAUACUGCCGAAAAUGUAGAGAAUAAAGGAAGCGAAUAUGAAAUAAGCAGUGUUGUUACGGGAAUACACGAAAAUGCAAUGAACGUUGAUGUUAAGAUAAAUAUGGAUGAAGUCAAAAAGACUGCUGUUUUGGGGUCCGUGGAGUUGACAAAUUCCGGGAUACCGGAGCAGAAACGUGAAGAGAAGGCAGUGAAAGGAAACAAACCAAGAGAAGCUCAGGAAGGUAGUGGAAACGGGAAAAAAAGUGAUGGAAAAGAGGGACGAAAUAAUGAUAGUCCUAGUCUUCCGAAGAAUAAUGAACGAAAAAAUGCGAGAGAACGUUUUAGGCAUGAAAAAGAUAGGAGACAUAAACACGAUUCAAGCCGUAAACGGGAUGAAUCGAAAGAUGAUUCACGAAUUAAUAGAAAAAGAAGCAAUGGAAAGGAAACCAGAAGAAAUGAAGAUAAAGAUUCACGAAAAGAAGGCGAUAAGUUCCGAAAAAAUGACAAGAAUGAUGAAAAGAUGGAAAGCAGAAGGUUGGACAAUAAGGAAGAAAAGUCAAGGGGUGGUGAAAGAGAACCCAGGCGAUGUGAAAACAUUGAGAAAGUUGAACCAGAAUCCAAAAAAGAAUCGAGACAUAAGCAACAUGGUGGCAAACGUAGGAGCGAAACUAGUCGUCCUGACCACAAGCGACCACGUCUAAGGAGCCAUGGUAGUCAUGAUGAACAGCGUAAUGGUACCAGUAUGACAGAUCAAAAAUUCAUAUCAGAAACAUCUGAUGCAAAGAAAGUUGAAAUCAGUGAAGUUGAUUCAAUGGUGCGAAAUGAAACUGACCCAUUGUUGCUGAAUCAGAAAAAAUCAGGCUUGAAUUCACGGACAGUGUCGAAAGCUAUGGAUUCUGUUGAAAGAACUGAAAUUCAUGAAGCAUCCGGUCAAAAACAAUUGGAUGAAAUUAAAGUUUCAAUUGAGAAGGAGCUGGAACGGAAAGUUGAGGCAGUAUCGGCUUCCAGCAAUUAUAAUAUGCCAAAUUUGACCGUGGAAUUAAAAUCGGGGGGUGAGAAACGAGUGACGCGAGAAAACAUUUUCGAAGGCGCGACACCGCAUUUCAACGCACGCCAAAAGAUAAAAAUGAUUCUACUAUCCGAAAGUGAGCGUAAAGCUGCCGAUCGAUCGUCUAAAAAGAAAUCGGGAGUGAAGUGA